CUCUGGAGCUACUGUAAAUGCCGUGCUAAUUGUUCCGGCCUCGCUGUCCACCCUGUAAUUCAUCGGCCGUGCCAAAGAAUAAAGCGCUCUUAGUUUCAAUUUGAGAGCCUCGUCCGUCUUACAACAAGCAACGAAGCGCGCCCUUCCAAUUGUGACCGUCGCCAUGGAGACAUAAACACACUUCCUGCUGUCUGGAGUUUGCGCCACACGACGCCGGGAAUAGGAAUGGGGUUUCACCACACAAACACAGCGCCGUGACGACCCGCGAUUCGGGCCCGGUUCGCCGGGGGGGGAGGGUUGUGUGGGUCGCGUCUCCUUUAAGCGGUGUGGGUGGAGCCCAAAGGAAGUGACGUGUCUGCCCGAGCCUCGCCAAAAACACAGACCCGGAGACUACAAGCCUGGCUGAAAUAACGCCCAGCCCCGUCGCGAACGGGCUCGUUAAACACGUAUAAAACGAGGAUUCUGCCCCCUGCUGGAGAGCUGAAGCGCUGGCGUCAUGUUGAAGAAUGUUCCGGAAAGUCAAGAAGCGUCACAGCAGCAGCAGCUCCCAGAGCAGUGAGAUCAGCACCAAGAGCAAGUCUGUAGACUCCAGCCUGGGGGGGCUCUCCAGAUCCAGCACGGUCGCCAGUCUCGACACCGACUCCACCAAGAGCUCAGGUAACAGCACCUCAGACGCCUGCGCUGAAUUCCGGGUGAAGUAUGUUGGUGCGAUAGAGAGACUGCAGUUCGAGAUGUGCAGGACUCUGCAGGAGCCUCUGGAGUUGAUAAACUAUAUUGAUGUGGCACAGCAAGACGGAAAGCUGCCCUUCGUGCCUGCGGAUGAAGAGCUCGUCCUCGGCGUGUCGAAGAACGGCGUGAAAGUCUCCUCUGUGGAUCAGUGUGACGUGCUGCACCGCCACCCCUUGUACCUGAUCGUGCGCAUGCUGUGCUACGAUGACGGGCUGGGCGCGGGCAGAAACCUCCUGGCCCUGAAGACGACGGACCCCGAGCAGGAGCAGUGCAGUAUCUGGGUGUACCAGUGCAACAGCUCGGAACAGGCCCAAGCCAUCUGCAAGGUGCUGUCCGGGGCCUUCGACGCCGUCCUCGCUUCGGGGAAGUCCUGAAGCUCGUAUGAAGGGGGCCGGCCGGCCCUCGGGAGGGGACGCUGGCCGCGGCGCGGGAGUUUGUCCACGCCCUCCGCCCUGCGGCUGAGCGGAGCCACGCUGCGUCUGUACGAACUUUGAGCGAAGCUAAUUUAAACUUAUUUAAUGUAAAGUACCAAACCUCAAGGCACGAUUCUCUGUGAGAGCUCAGGCGUCAGGGGUGCCCUCCUCUGCUAAGCCACAUGAAGAAACCGUUUUUAUCAUCACAGCCCUCAUAGGAGGCUCCUGGCGCUUUUGAGUGGAAGGUGCCAGGUCUGGGGCACGCUGCCCAGGCUUGGCCAUGUGGUCCGGAUUUGAAGCACAAAGCCACUGUGAUCAUGAAGAUGCUGUAAUUGUGUAUUUUUUUUGGUUUGUUAUCUGAAUGCUGUCAUUUUUUUUGCUACACAUUUUUUUGUUACCUAGAAACAACUCCGAAAGGUAUUUAUAUCAAACCGUUUUCUCUCCAGGCUCCGUGGGCAGUGUUUUGUUUUUGUUUCCCCAGCCGUUUGUGAUGCGUGUUUAUACGGUACAGUAAAGAGUGAGAUGUUGCAGCUGA